AUGACUUCGUUUUUCCAUCAAAUUAAAAAUAUUUUCGUUGAAUCACAUUCCCCUUAUCAACAAAUAUUACUAUCAAGGAAAGCAUUCUUUCAAUUUAUUGGAUUUUUAGGUGGUUGUGUGAUUAUUACAGUAGCAACUCAAUCAACGUAUUUGGAUUAA